UGUUUUUUAGUUUAUUAGCUUCGGCUCAUUUUAAAUGUUGUAAUUCUUAUGAUUGUGUCCGUUACACAGCUACUACUGUAUCGUGUAUGUAUUAAUUUCACAAUAUGUUUCGCCAUAAAUAAUGAAUUGUGUAUGCCGAAAAUGGUUUGCUACUUCCCAAAGACCACCCACCUCCCCUUGCGCCACAACACACACUUCCCAACAGAGGUGCGUAUGCAAUCUAAAAGCAACAAUAGACCGGCGUCCAUGCCCACACCGAUAAGAUAAUGUGCAUCGACGUGCGACAGUCUCGUGGCCAAACGGGGUAUCCGCUUCCAUUCCCAUUCCCAUAUAAGGGUGGCAGUCGUGUGGCGCAAAAUUCGCUGCGAUUAGAAGAAAAAAAUCAUUCAGUCAUCGUGAGUGUACGGCGCACUUUUUUAAUGACCCUACGGCCCUACGGCCAAACGGGGCCACCAAGAGGACCCCUAGCAGCGCCGCCAAUGCUCAAUUUUACAAUGGGAGGAACGCACUCCGAUGACUCAAACUUCCGGUCGGUAGUGGUGGUGCUGGUGGUAGCCGGUCGGGGAAUCAAGGACACUUGGGUAAUCUUGGAAUUUGAGCUUAUGCUCUUCCGAACGCUUCAUAACGAUGGGGAGUAGAUUGGUGAUGUGUUAUCGUUACCGUACCGUUUUGCCACAGCUCGAGGUCUUUAGAGGGGCUGCAAAGACAAAGUCAGUGUUCGCGGUAGCGCUAUGAAGAUAUACCUCCUUUUGAUGGACGUGAUAAGCUAUCGAAGUGGUGGCGUCUAGGGUCUGGGGAGUGAAAAACACUACGGCGUAUGUAGUGGUAGGGGCGGGUGUGAUUAGAUAAAUCACAUAUUCCGUUGCUGGGAAAUGCGAUUCUAGCUACGGUUACGUACGACGACGGUACGCUGUUAUCGGUUCUUCUCCUCGGCCAGAGCACCGUGACAGGAACCUCGCAUCUCGGUUGGGGAUCUAAAUAUAACAGCUCGUCAAUUGGUCGUCGCGAUUCAGUUGAUCGGUCACGGUGUACCCACUCUGGUAGCGCGAAGCUACUGACGCAGAGAGCUCCAGUUUCGCUAAGCACAGCCGUAUAGGUGUGAGAAAGUAUAUCGCAAGAUGGCAGGGGAACACAAUACGGAAUCCGGUGCGGAACAGCCCGUAGUUUCCGAGCGAGCAACAGCAACUACACCGACGGAGGCAUCAGUUGAAAAGUCGUCCGAUGCUGUUGAUGCUGCCGUGGAAAUAGUUGAGGAAAAGAAGGUUGAUCAGCAGCAGGAAACAGUGCAGCAGGAGUUAAUUGCUGACGUAGUUGAGGAGGAGAAGCCUGAACAGCAGCAGGAAACAGUGCAAGAUCAUGUACGGGAAGAAAAUGUUGCUGAGGUAGUUGAGGAGAAGAAGCCUGAACAGCAGCAGGAAACAGUGCAAGAUGCAUUACCGGAAGCAUCGGUGGAAAAAGUGCUGGUGGAUGGUGGAAUGGCGGAGGAAACCAGUGCUGCAGUGCAAAAAAUAGUGGAAGAACCGCACCACGAAGACUCGUCGGACGUAUCCGUAAAGGAGGAAGCGGUAGCUGAUGUAUCUGCAGUUACGGAACAGAUAGAGGCAGUGGAAAACAACGUGACGUCCGAGCAAGCAAACAGUGAACUGGAGAAAACUGCUUUAUUAAAUGGUGAAACAGACGCUGCCGAGCAUCCUGUUGCCAGUGAAGAAAGCUCUACCGCUCCACCAGCAGUCGCUGAUGCUGCCAGUAGCUCUGGUGAGCUUCCCCAGUAUCUGUACAAUGCCAUGGAACAGGUGGCAAUCGAGCAGGGCUUUACGGCGGGCAAGUUCAAGAUUGAGUUUGACGUCGGUUCCAACAAGGGCGAUGGUUUCGUGGGACAAAUGUUCAAAGCUUUCCUGCAAGAGGGCGAUCGACGGGAGGUGUAUCUGUGCAAGAUUCCACCGCUGAACGAGGCACGCCGUCAGCAGUUCCAAUCGAUGACUAUCUUUAGUCGCGAAACGCUUGCUUACAAGAGCCUGCUACCACUGAUAUUUACUUACCAGGAGGAGAAGGGCAUCAGUCGGGAGGAUGGGUUCUUUAACGUGCCGAAAUGUUACUAUGCCGAGUGUGACGAAACCACCGAACAGUCGGUCAUCAUCAUGGAGGAUCUGCGGCUGAAGGACUAUCGCAUGUGGAAUAAGCUGGUGCCCGUGAACUACGAACACGCGCGGCUAACUAUGCAGCAGUUGGGUCGACUGCAUGCCGUAUCGCUUGCGAUGAAGCGUGACCGGCCGGCCGAUUUCGAGCAGUUUAAGGUGCCGGACCCGCUGGAGGUGAUGAUGCCGGAAGGUAGUCCGUUCGAGGCGAUGAUGAUUAAAAUGCUCACCGAUGCGAAGGAAACGCUUGAACCGCACGAAACCAAAGAGCGGACAAAGAUGCAGAAGCUGAUUGACAAUAUGCGGCAGGAGAUGAAAACCUGUACGGAUGGUGCGCUGGCGGAGCCCUACGCCGUGCUCGGUCACGGUGACUGUUGGGUGAACAACUUUAUGUUUCACUAUAAGAACGGCGCCCCAGAGCAUGUAAUUCUGCUCGACUGGCAGAUCACGCGGUACGUCUCGCCGGUGACGGACCUGUCGUACUUCAUCUUCUGCUGCACGGACGGAGAGUUCCGGCGGCGGCACUACGACGAGAUGAUGAGCAUCUACUACAACUCGCUGGAAGCACUGCUCGAAAAGCUUGGCCACAACCCGCAGGAAGUGUUCCCGCGGACGGCCCUGAUGCGUCAGCUACGCCGCUUCGGCCGGUUCGGCAUACUGAUGGCCAUCUUCCUGGUGCCCAUGCUGUGCACGCGCAACGAAGAUCUGCCCGAUAUGGACGAGGCGGCCGAAAAGUAUCGCGAAACGAAUGAGAUGGAUUUGAACGCGAUGACGCUGAAUGCGAACCAGAGGGCGUACCGGGAGCGCAUGAGCUCGGCGAUACGGGACAUGGUGCAAUAUGGCUACCUGUAAGCUCUCGGGGGCAUCGACGCAUCUGGCCACCUCCAAUGGAAUUUGCGAUAACAUUGCGAUAUGUGUACGCGUGACGUGUUCAUUGCACAAGGUGUACAGGCAAUGCUGGGAAGGCUCGAAAGUGUGCACGAGCUUAGCAAGAGUCGGUGUACUUUUAGAUUUAGGAAAACCCCCUCGCCGGAAAGCUUUCUGAGAGACACAUGCAGAGGAUGUAAAUACAGCUGUUUGCUGUACGCAAAUAAAAACCGUAGAUCAUUUAUGGAGACAAACGGAGAAUGAAAACGAAGUAAUUGUAAACUUAUUCCCACCUGCCCGUGUAUAUGACGCUUAAUGUCGAUAAAACGUACCGUACCGAUAAGCCUCCUGUUAUCGUGUGUGUGGAGUUAUCUUAUCUUAAAUUGUUUUUAAAUAAACUUGACACCUGUACCCACCUGUGUACAUCCCGUA